UCGUAUUUGUCUGAUCUUUUUCGGGGGUUUUGGUUGUGUUUUGUUUUAGAGCGCGCGCGUCGUUGGUAGAUCACUUCACGAAGUCACCAGUGUCGUUCAUUCCGUAACGAUUGAUCAAGCUGAACGGAUGUGUGUUCGGUAGAAAAAUUUGUUCUGCAAAAAACGUUACAUUUUCAAAAUAAAACAAGAAGACAAAACGAUUUCGAUUCGCCGCAUCGUAUUAGCUUCGCGGUAACGGAAAAUAAAUCGUUUGAUGUUAAAGUGUUAAUUGAUCUACUUUCAAACAAAGCAAAAAAUAAGAAAAAAAAAAAAACGUCAACUCAUUUGCAAUGUAAAGAAGAAAAGUGAGUGAAAAAUCUGAAAAAACAACUUCAAAGGAGAAAAAAAUCAAAUUUGUCCAGCCAAAAAGAAGUGCGAAAAAUAAAUGGAGGAGAAAUUGUAAAAAAUAAUUAGAAUCUUUGUUAAAAAAAAUCGAUUACAAUAAGUGAAAUUGGUGAUAAUGUUUGAAAUAUUUUGACCACAAAUAGAUAAAGAAAUCGGAAAAUUUCUUGAAAAUAAAAUCGCAAAAAAAAAGGAAUAAUUUUUAAGGAAAAAAUGUCAAAUUUGAAGGAAUUUUAUGAAAUAUCAGACCAUACUUGCAACGUCAUGAAUCCUGAAACUUUUAAAUGGAUUAAAAAUAAUCAUUCGGAGACACCAAUCACAGCCAGCAACAAAAACAACCCAUCAUCAUUAGCAGAGACCAAAACCUACACGAAUAGCCAAACAACACACCACCCCACAUCCUCUUCACAAACAACGCCACAAAUCAUCAUUCCAACAAUGCCUAAAUGUCUGUGCCAUCGAUACAAUCCACACAGGGUGGCCAUGUGUCACAGGGUGCUACAACUAACUCAACUCCUCAUGCUAUUCACACUUGCCAUCGUCUGCAGUGGGAACUGUUUAGUCAAAGCUGCCCCCUCACACCAAAGUCAUUUGCGCAGUCGACAUGCAGCCCUUGUCUCGCCGCUGUUGCUCCACAAUCCGUCGUUGGCGAAUUCUCUAAAUGCCUCGAGUGGAGACCAACCGAGUACUUUUUUGGAAAAUAAUUCUGUGCAUGGCCACAAUAGUCAUGCGACGCAUGCCCAUGGUGAACAUGGUGGUGGGGGAGUGAGGGCCUUGAAGCGGGCCCUGCUUUCGAAUCGCAGCAUUGUCUGCAACGAUGGUACGGCAAUGAGUUUCUAUUUGCGCAAGAAUCCCAACUCCAAGAAAUGGAUUGUCUUUCUAGAAGGCGGUUGGCAUUGCUAUGAUGUGAGAACGUGUCGGGCACGGUGGAAUCGUCUGAGGCAUCUGAUGACCUCCACCGAUUGGCCAGAGACGAGAGAUGUUGGAGGCAUUUUAUCGCCGCUGCCUGAGGAAAAUCCCUAUUGGCACAGUGCCAAUCAUGUUUUGGUGCCCUACUGCAGCAGUGAUUCGUGGUCUGGCACCAACUCGACACUCGACCAUUCUUCGGAGUUUCCUUUCCGUUUUAUGGGAGCUUUGAUACUAAAACAAGUCAUUGCCGAUCUAAUACCCAUGGGUUUGGGUCGUGUACCAGGUGCUGAACUGCUGCUGGUGGGUUCCUCCGCCGGUGGUUUGGGUGUGAUGUUAAAUUUGGAUCGUAUUGCCCAUUAUUUGCAAGUGGAACGUAAGCUACAAGUGACGGUGAGAGGUGUUAGCGAUUCGGGUUGGUUUUUGGAUCGUGAGCCCUAUACACCUUCGGCUGUGGCGUCCAGUGAGGCUGUGCGCCAGGGUUGGUCGCUGUGGAAGGGUUUACUGCCCGAGGCCUGUGUGGAACAGUACAAAUCGGAACCAUGGAGGUGUUAUUUUGGCUAUAGACUCUAUCCCACCUUGAAAACUCCCCUCUUUGUGUUCCAAUGGCUUUUCGAUGAGGCCCAAAUGCGGGCGGAUAAUGUGGCGGCGCCUGUUACACCUCAUCAAUGGAAUUAUAUUCAUGCCAUGGGUGGAGCAUUGCGCUCCUCCUUGGAUAAUGUUACGGCAGUAUUUGCCCCCUCCUGCAUAGGCCAUGCGGUGCUUUCCAAACGUGAAUGGCUAUCCUUGAAAAUUGAUGACAUUUCUCUGCCCACAGCCCUUAGAUGUUGGGAACAUUCAACUCGGCCACGCAAGAAGCGUCAUGAUAAGCUGAAACGUUCUACAGAGGCCACCAUCAAUCACAAGGACUCCAAGAGGCGCCAUGAGAAGCAACGUAACCAUCAGAAGCAAAAUGCCAACAAUGUGGAGCGUAAACGUCUAACUAAAGCAGAGCGGGAAGAGCGCAAACGUUUGCGCCAUGAACAACAGAAGAGGCGAGAAGAAAGACGCAAUCGCCGUAAAAACAACAUGGCCGAUCAGGGCGCUGUGGAUCAUGAGAGCAAUCUCACAAAUGCCAUACGACCGGGAGAGAAUUCCACAGAUAUACAGAGGCAACAGCGGCGGGAACAAAAACGUAAACGCAACGAACAGGAGAAGUUGCGGAGAAAACACAAGAAACGCCAGAGGCGUCGAAAGGAACAUAAUACCACAGACACCUCAUACCCGGAAAGAGAAUUGCAAAAGGAACAACCGGUUAUGGUGGUGGUGGAGAAACGGCGUAACAAUACCUCGAAAAUAAAUCGUCGCAGUGGGGUGCCCCGGGUGCCAGAAAGGUGUUCCCUACGUCUCUUGGAACGUUGCAGUUGGCCACAAUGCAAUCAUUCCUGUCCCACCCUAACCAAUCCGGUGACGGGGGAGGAGAUGCGAUUUCUUGAACUACUGGCAUCCUUUGGACUGGAUAUUGAGGCUGUGGCAACAGCUUUGGGUGUGGAUAUGCAAACCCUUAAUAACAUGGAUCGAACGGAAUUGGUGAAUUUACUAACACAGCAGGUCAGCUGAUCUGGUGGAAACAACUCCACUUGAGGGUGGUGUGGAACAAGCAAUCCAAAGUAAUUAAAGAAACCAACAAGCAACGAAAAAAAACAAACAAGAGAUUAAACCAGAGAUUUUCGCUUACCAAAAAGAAAACCGAUGAUAAGACGAGAAAAUUCAAAUGUCAGAAUUACCUCAAGGAGCAAAACUAAAGAAAAUACUCUCUUCAAAAAAAGAAAA